UGUCAUUGAAUGAAAGGAAUGACAAAGUCCUAGGUUAAGGCAUUGUACCAAGAACACGUGAGCAUCGGCUCACAAAGGACUAAUCCCCCACAAGAGCGGGGGAAGCUAACAUUUCUCCUUAUCCUCCUCCACCAUCGUGAUCUCCAAGAUUCGUCCAAGACUCACCAUUGUCCUCAAUAGUUAACUCUCACCGCCCCGCCGUGGUAUGUCAUUGGCGACUGGGAACUGUACUAUACGGCCACUUGACUUAAUAAGGUUGUUCCUUUGGUGCGGCUGCCACGGCGCAAGCUCAAAGAGGACCCCAAAAUCAUCUAGAUGCAGCAAAUCUACACGCCACGCGAUACGAGCACUGCUUGGCCGCUCGUGGCUUGUCUUACCCCGGAUUGUACCCCCACAAAUCCACGGUGCCGAGGAACCUGAGGGCAACACGUCAUAUGCGUGCUGAUUUACACAUUACCGAUAUACCGUGGAAGUAGCUAGCUGUACAUAAUAUUUCAAAGCCAUUAAGUUAUCCUAAGU